AGCCCAGCAGCCAACGCGAAGAGUCUGGGAGGCCCCUCCUCUCUCCCGACUCUCCACUUCCCAUCUCUCCCUUCAUCCCAUUUGCUAUUGUACGUGCCCAAUCGCCGUAUACUUUCUGCAUUUAACUCGGGUGACAUUUUUAUUUCAUCAUUAGCAUCUGGCGCCAGACGGACGCGGUGAGCAUCAUUUUCACCAAGGAACUCUCGGAAGAUGAUCAGCAAGAUUAAUAUUGUUUAUCUCGCCCCGCGUUAUUGUCUUUCGUUUUAACGUCAGUGCUGGCCGUAAACAACCGCGUUUAAGUUCCCAACACUGGGAGAGCUUACCAAGGACCUUCAAACUGUUAAAAGAUUUUUUUUUAAAGAUUUUUUUUUUUAAAACAAUUUUCAAAAUAUAUUAUAACCCCAAAUUUCCAGCCAACAUGCCCGAAACAACCCAGGAUACAUGUGCUUCGGCAAAAGACUCUCCGUUUUUCAUUAAAAAUCUUCUCAAUUCUGACAGCAAGCCGUCAAAGCCUAAGCCUAUUUUGGCUUCAACUAAAGCAGGACUUGAUGCCAGCUUCUCGCUCUCUCAGGUGGGGGAAUUUAACUUUCCUCGCUUUGAGUUGCCGACCCAGCGCUUUGCGUUACCGGCUUACCUUGAGCGUGCCUCGGCAUGGUGGUACCCGUACACACUCAGUGCAUCUGCGCAUCUUCACAGAACAGAAGCAGCACAGAAAGUGAGAGACUCGUCACCGAACACAGGCACCGACCGAGACUCACCUGAGCUCGUGCUCAAAUCAGACCCGGACGCAAAGGACGAUGAAGACGACAACAAAAGUGGAGACGAGAUUGUCCUCGAGGAGAGCGACAUCGAAGAUGGUAAAAAAGAAGGCGGCGUGGACGACUGGAAGAAGAACGACGACGGCGCGGACAAGAAGCCUUGUCGGAAAAAGAAAACUCGCACGGUGUUUUCUCGGAGUCAAGUGUUCCAGCUGGAGUCCACCUUCGACAUGAAACGUUACCUCAGCAGCUCGGAGCGCGCCGGCCUUGCUGCCUCCCUUCACCUCACAGAGACCCAAGUCAAAAUCUGGUUUCAGAACCGCAGAAACAAAUGGAAACGUCAGCUGGCCGCAGAGCUGGAGGCCGCCAACUUGAGCCACGCAGCAGCGCAAAGGAUUGUGAGAGUACCCAUCCUGUAUCACGAGAACUCGUCCUCUGAGAGCUCCAACACAGCGGGCAACGUGCCCGUGAGUCAGCCGCUGCUCACUUUCCCUCAUCCGGUUUACUACUCUCAUCCCAUCGUCACCUCCGUGCCCCUCCUCAGACCGGUUUGAGAGGACGACAGAUGCCUUUUUUAUGUAACUUAUGUAACUAAAACAAUUCUACAGAGACUCGAAAAGAGGGAAAGAGAGAAAAGGCGGAAAUGAAACCAAGAGACAAAGCUAUUUUUGUUUAGAAAAUAAUUUAAAACGAAAGAAAAGAAAAUGUACAAAGACGCACUAUCAUGCAUUUGAGCCCUACAUUUUUGUUUUACAACUCACACAUAUACCCAUAAAACUACACAUAAAUAAGGCGAAUGUUUAGAGGCCUAUUUCUGAUGUUGCUGUUGGUUGGUGGUGAAUUACAAUAAUUCGUUAAUUUGCUGUCAUUAUUAUUAUUAUCUAUAAAUAUCACAAGUCAACUUGUUGACACAUCAAAGAAAAGAGUUAACACACCUGGUAAAGUUUUUUUUAUAGCACCGGGAAAAUUACAGUGAAAACGGAUGUGCAAUACUACUGUGUAUGAUCCAUAUAUUUAGGCAACAUGUUCUUUUUGAAACUCGUAUUUUAGACACAUUUUCUUAACCAACAGUUCUUAGGUUGAGAAGAUAACUGCUGAAAACGAUUUUGUGUCCCUGGUCCCGCGUUCAAUGGACAAUCAUAGGCUAUAUUGGACAGAAAUUACAGUUAAACUGAAUACACGCAAACACGAAUAAUAAAAACUUUUACUUUUAUCUAUAUUAUUUGCAGAUGUAUAUGUACAUGUACAGAUAUAACGAACCAAAAUGAGGAAAGGUGUCAUUUGUACAGUAAUAGCUAAGUUUUUUUUACAUUGUAUUCUGUUGUGAAAUAAACGGAGACUAUUAAAGUCUACAUGUCUUGA